GCGACGGCCACGGCUAAGUGUCGUGUGAAAGUGUACGCCGUCCUGGUAGGAAGUGUAGAUCCCGAGCAACGAUUCAAUCGGUUGCUCCCUUUUAUUCGACGACCGAGUGCCACGGAAUUCACACACCGGUUUCGUGCGCGAGAAAGAAAAGUGCGACGAGGAUCAUGUGUAUCCGCACGGCAAUCUGUUUGGCCAUCAUCGUGGCCGUGGUCGCGUGUACUGUUAAUUGCGAGGAAGUGCAAUCGUCAGUCGUCAAAGAGGGAAUAAAUUUAAACGCAACGCAAUACAAUGCAACAAUCAACGAUGACAAAAAUUUUUGGGAAUGGAUAUUGGCCGGGAUAUUGUCCCCUACUGAUUCCUCGACUGAAAACCCGAAACCAGAAACUCCUGAAGAGUGUUUACCUUGCAAAUGCGGUUUGACGAACGUACAGAGACGUAUCGUCGGUGGUGUCGAGACUCAAGUUAAUCAAUAUCCAUGGAUGGUUUUAUUGAUGUACAGAGGACGAUUCUAUUGCGGUGGAUCUGUUAUAAGCUCUUUUUACGUAGUAACUGCCGCCCAUUGUGUCGACAGGUUCGAUUCUAACCUCAUAUCGGUCCGGAUAUUGGAACACGAUCGUAAUUCCACUACAGAGGCAAAGACGCAAGAAUUUCGUGUCGAUAAAGUGAUUAAGCAUGGCGGUUAUUCGACGUAUAAUUAUAACAAUGACAUCGCGCUCAUCAAACUGAAGGACGCCAUUCGAUUCGAGGGAAAGAUGAGACCUGUUUGUCUUCCAGAACGAGCGAAAACUUUUGCCGGAUUGAAUGGAACAGUGACAGGUUGGGGAGCGACAGCAGAGUCUGGCGCCAUAUCACAAACUCUACAGGAAGUCACGGUUCCGAUUCUCUCGAACGCCGAGUGUCGCGCCUCUAAAUAUCCAUCGCAAAGGAUUACAGACAACAUGCUGUGCGCCGGUUACCAAGAGGGAAGCAAGGAUUCGUGUCAGGGAGACAGUGGUGGUCCCCUGCAUGUCGUCAACAUGGAUACAUAUCAAAUAGUCGGAGUUGUAUCUUGGGGCGAAGGAUGCGCAAGGCCUGGCUACCCCGGUGUUUACACCAGGGUGAAUCGUUACCUCUCGUGGAUAAGUCGCAACACCGAGGACUCUUGUUACUGUUGAUUUAAACGAUGAAUAAUAAUUCAAGGUAAUCCACGCGUGGAUACAACAAGACUCGUGUUUUCGUGAUUAUUUUUAAAUUUAUCGCCUUGAUCUUAAUAUCUAUGAUCUUAAGUAGAUUUAAAAAAAAAAUUCGAGUAAAAUUCAUCCUCGUGGAAUAUCUUUUCUCGGGCAUUUUAGAAUCUUUGCGAAUUUUUUUAUUUUAUAAUUCGGCCACGAAACGACAAGCUCGGUGUGUUUAGUCUUUCAUCGUGUGUUCAUAUAAAUUAACCCUCUAUAAUCGCUCAAAAAUCGAACCACCUGUACAUAUUUAUAUUUUAUAAACGUGUAAUUACAGUUUUAAUUUAUUUUGCUGUUACAUCAUUGCCUCGUGAGGCGCAAUCUGCACGUAACAAUUAUUAAUUUCUAUUCUGUACAAUUAUGGGGGAAGGCAGAAUUCCUGGAUUUCCUGGAAGUUGAUAUAAACUUCCAAGGCUUCUAACUUAAAGUGCAGUUAUUAAAGUUUUAAAACAAUAGUUUGUAUAGAAUGUUAAUAUAUUCGUGGGACAUCUUUGAGGUUAAUUCUACAUACUAAAAACAAACCAAACAAAAAUUGGUAUAUAAAAGUAUCUUGUUUGUUUUGCAAUUAGAAGCAAUUUAAUUUUUUGAAUUAGAGCCAAAACGAAACGAAGCAUACGAUUCUCCCUCCAUUUUACUUUAUUUAACUUCGAUCUUUUAUAACGAUAUUUAUGCAAGUUAAAAAGAAAAAUUAUAAAUGCAAUUACAGAAAUAAAAUUGAAGCAUCACAGACAUUUUAUAUUUCUUUAGAUUUUUCUAUAUUUGGAUUUUUCAUAAAUGUUCCACGAUGUACUUAUAAUUUCUCUUAUAACUAUAAUAUCUUAUCUAACAUCUUCUACAGCGCUUUUUCGUGAGCACAAUCGAAGCAAAAUAUUCAACUGAACCAGUUACUGCCUUCCUCCACAAUUUGACAACAAUUUUCCUAAUUAAAACGAACGAGCUUCUUACCAUUUAUUCUUCCUCUCAAAAUGAAAAAUUUAUAGAGGGUUAAAGCGAUUUUCUACGUGUUCCACGAGAAGUUAAAAAUAAUGGGUGGCCACGCGAUCCGUUAUCCCACAUCGAUGGAGGCGAGAGACAAUUGAAAAUUAAGGCACGUAUCGCGCGUUCUCCACGCGACUCGUAAUAUUGAACGUACGAGAAAGAAAGUCACCCGGACUUUCUCUGUUUCUUCGAACUGGAAUUUCGGUGAAAACUCACGGGUAUGUGUAUAUAUAUAUAUACCCAUUGCCCACGGAGCUUUGAUUCUUCGUGUAUCCGUUUCCAUCAAUUUCGUGGGCGACAGUGAAACGUCGAUUGUCAUUGACCUGACAAAAUUUUUUGUCGUAGUCGAAUUGUUCGAAGAAAUUCGAAAGUGUUUAGUUUUAAAUAUUUAUGGUAGCUCGAAUAUAUUUAUGUAUAAAAUACUCAAAUGAUACUCAAGUUUGUAAGUUAAUUUUAAUUUUGUAAUAUUUAUAUAUUAAUUUUUUAUUUUUUUUUACUAUUAUUAUUGAAUUCAUUUGUAUUAGAAUUGCGUGGAAUUUUUUAUUUUAUUAUUUUUAUAAUAAAAUAAAUGAUACAAAGUUAAAAGUGAGUUUUGGAAAUCAAAUUUUCCAGAAGAAUAAUAAAUUUGUUUAUAUUUUUCAAAAUAAUAAAUCUUUUUUGUAAUUUUAAUCGUUACGUUUAAUUUCAUUGAUAAGUUAGAAAAGAAUUUUUACAAGGAUUUUUCAUCGAUUUUUCUUUUAUAAUAAAUAAGAGAUGAUAAUAAAAAAAGUUAUGUUAGAAAGAUAGUUAAUAUUUUAAUAGAAAACCUUUAUUUUGUACAACUUUUUCUGACUGAUGUUCAUCAGAAUUUUUUUCAAAUACCGAAUAUUCGACUGGAAAAGAAAAGUCAACAUUUUUUUGAAUCACUUCCAACUUUCAAUAGAGAACAAAAGUUGUUUCCCAUAAAUGUAUUUCAACUUUUAAAGACUAAAAUUCAUUCAGAGAAAAAAAAAUAUAAAAUAAAGACAAGAAUGGAAAAAAAAGGAAAUAUGUUUCAAGGAAAAAGAAAUUUUAAUUUCGAAACUCUUGCGGUAUAUAAAAAAUUCAUUUGACUGAAACUAAUUUUCACAAGCUUAAUUUAGAACGUUAAAAACUAGUUUCUUUUUUCAAUAUUAGUUAUACAACUUCAACCUCCAUAUUAUAAAUCUUUAAAAAUCUUUCUGAACUUUUAUUUCUAUUAUCCUGUUCACAAAUUUUCAAAUUUUGAAUACAUAUUCAAUUAUUUAAUUGAAAUUUGUUUACAAUAUUUCCACGAAUAAUUAUAUUUUUUCAUUUUCGUUUAUAUGCAUUGAAUCGUAAUUAAUACUGAAAUUACCAAACCAGAUUUAAAUAAAAAAUUAAAGUAAAUUAAUUUCACAGCUUCUUUGUUUCCCAAUUAAAAAUUUGUAAACACUUUUAACAAAAUUUAAUAUCGAUUUUAUGCGUUUAUUUCGCCUCUUUAAAAAGCGAUAUUUUGAAAAAAAGAAAAGAAUAGUUUUAAAAAAUUUAAUAACCAGAAGAACAAGUUACAAAAAAGUUGUAUCAGGGAUAAAAUUGAUAUACGAACCAAGGAAAUAAAAGUGAAAGAGUUAUCAUAAAGAAAGGAUGUGGAGAAUUGAAGAAGCUCAACUCGACAAACAGUCUCUAAAACCUGCACAAUAUACAACGAAACAGCAAAGUAAAUAAGAAGGGAUAAACGGGGGGAGGAAGUAAGGAAAACGGAAGAGAAAUUCAUUUACUGUAACUUGCUUCAACCAAGAGCUUUAGUUCCUUUUAGUAAUUGUUUUUUGUCAAUCGACGUAUCAUUGUACUCCAUACAUACAUGAUCUAUCGUUAUUUUGUAUAAAUAAUUCGUUAAAAUUCUAUAAACAUUAAAAGAAUAUUAAAUUAAACA